AUGCGACCUGAGUGUGAUGACGAGCCUGCUAUGCCCUUGUCCGACUGCGUCGUCUUGACCACAGCCAUCUGCCCCUCAUGUAGUCACCCCUCGCUCACAUGCGCCUCCAGCCAGACGAAGCGCAGACCAGUCGACCGGCUUUCAGACACCAGACUUAUGCCCCGCAGACUUCGGUUGGGCGGAGCCUCGGCUGACCGAGGCCAUGACGAAUUGGUGGAGGCGGAGAUACUGUCUUUCGGAUCACUUGUAGAUGGCUCAUUCGUCAAGGCUGGCUUGGUUGCUACCCUCGGUCUACAGGCGACCAUUGUCAAGCGCGAUCAUGUUGCUCUGGCAACCCAAGCAGAGCAUACCAUCCGCUGA